GCUUCCUGCUACGGCUGAAGCAGCGGAGCACACCUCCGUCGAGGGGCCAUGGCGAUGCGGAUCUUCCCGUCCUCGUCCUCGCCGACGCCGCCGCUUCGGUCUCUCUUCCCGAGCCAGAGUGCGAAGGCACCACCGUCCGUGCACUUCUCCCUCGCCCUCCGCCUCCGCCGCGCGCGGGUGGCUGCUUCCGCCGCGGCGGCUGCUGCCGCUGCGGCGGCGGGGGGCCCCGAGAGGGUCUCGGGAGGGUACGAGGUGGAGGAAGAAGGCGGGGAGAAUGGGUCGUUCGACAGGGGAAUGUCGGAGAUCGCGAGGAAGGUGCCUCUCUUCGAGCCGGCGAGGGGCGACGCCGCGGCGGCCGCCGGCGAGCGGCCGCUGCCCAUCAACCUCGAGCUCUGGCUCUACCGCGCGAAGGUGCACACAAGGAAGUACGAGUUCUCCGACGCGGAGAAGCUCCUCAACAAGUGCAUCGUGUAUUGGCCGGAAGACGGGCGUCCAUAUGUGGCACUUGGGAAGCUAUACAAUAAACAGGGGAGGUUUGACAAAGCUAGAGCGGCUUAUGAAAGGGGUUGCCAAGCGACACAGGGUGAAAACCCGUACAUUUGGCAGUGUUGGGCAGUCCUAGAACGCAAAGGUGGGAAUAUUCGAAGGGCACGAGAGCUAUUUGAUGCUGCUACUGUGGCUGAUGCAAAGCAUAUUGCAGCUUGGCAUGGGUGGGCUAUUUUAGAAAUCAAGCAAGGAAACAUUAAAAAAGCUCGAAAUCUGCUUGCAAAAGGUCUAAAAUAUUGUGGAGGAAAUGAGUACAUUUAUCAAACUCUUGCUUUGCUUGAAGCUAGAGCAGAGCGCUUUGAACAAGCACGGACUUUAUUCCAACAAGCUACUCAAUGCAAUCCCAAAAGCUGUGCAAGUUGGCUAGCAUGGGCUCAGGUAGAAAUUCGUGCAGAAAACAAUGCCAUGGCAAGGAAACUCUUUGAGAAAGCAGUUCAGGCAAGUCCUAAGAACAGAUUUUCGUGGCAUGUCUGGGCACUAUUUGAGGCAGAACAAGGUAACAUCGACAAAGCAAGGAAGUUACUUAAGAUUGGUCAUGCUGUGAACCCUAGGGACCCUGUGAUUCUUCAGUCUCUUGCACUACUAGAAUACAAUUACUCAUCUCCAAAUAUUGCUCGUGUAUUAUUUAGAAAGGCAUCUCAGAUUGAUCCAAGGCACCAGCCAGUUUGGAUAGCUUGGGGGUGGAUGGAAUGGAAAGAAGGAAAUGCCAGGACAGCAAGGACAUUGUAUCAAAGAGCUAUGUCAGUUAAUUCAACGAAUGAAUGUGCUGCUCGAUGUCUUCAGGCUUGGGGAGUCCUAGAACAGCGGGCUGGCAACUACACAGCUGCCAGAAGAUUGCUGAGGUCUUCGCUGAAUAUAAAUUCUCAGAGUGAGGUAACAUGGAUGACAUGGGCUGCACUAGAGGAAGAACAAGGCGAUCCAGUUCGAGCUGAAGAAAUACGGAAUCUCUAUUUUCAGCAGCGUACCGAGGUCGUGGAUGAUGCCUCCUGGGUCAUGGGCUUCCUCGACAUCAUUGAUCCUGCCUUAGACAGCGUGAAGAAGCUCCUAAACAUAGACCAGCCUUCGGGGUCCGCCGCACAAGACAAACUGAAAAGCGCAGGAGAGCCAAGCAAUGUUACCAUCAGGACUUCUGCUGGUGCAGAGUUCCCUGGUGGUUCAAGAGAAGAAGGAUCAGAUGCUUCGGACCUUGCAAACGCAGAUGACAAGGAGAGCAAUAAGGCUGCAGAGAUUCCAGAAAGCGAUUUUGACGUAGACGGCUUCAUCAAAAGGAGGCUAGGCCUGGAUCCGGCAGAGCUGGAUGCUGUGCUUGAGGGUUCUGAUCCAAGGGGAGUUGUUUCUAGGAGGAGGACGCAGCGGUUGCCCAGGAAACCCCUUCCUCUUCUCCCUGUUCCAUAAAAUUUUCAACUUUGAGCAAAUGUGCAUUUGACAUUUGCCAUCUCCACCGUGCAAAGUGCAAACCAUCGACCACUAACAGGUAAGGGUAGUAUUUUAGUACAUACAUUUCUGCUGUGUACAUCUGUUAGAAGAAGACGGUCGCUGCCAUUAGAAGCCACAUGUAUGUUAUCCACCAAGGUGUAUCCGUGUAUGUAAUUCUUUUUUCGCUGGGCGUGUAUGUAAUUCUAUCAUGUUUCCAGGAGCAGUGUAGCUGUGUACAUAAGCCAACGUGUCAUUUGUAUGUAGUACCUUUCUCCUACGCACGAGGAAGAAUUUCAGUCUGCACAUUCAACUUCAGUCCAUCUUAUGUUAUAGUUCAGUCUGCACAAGGCGAUUGUAAAACUAGAAAAUGCUAGCUAUGUUAACCAAUU